AAAACGCAUUAGACAUUUUAAUACAUUUCAACCAAAAGUCCCCUUGGUCCCCUUUAAGAAUAAAAAACGUAACGUCUGCUGCUACUGCUUUCACUUUCACUUUAACUCCAGCAAAAUAUAGCGCACAUUUAAGCCCAGGUUACUGUCAGCAAACGCCUGGUUCCUGCACGAGACAACUGCGCAUCUUAAGGCGGAAGUUGAUUUUAAAUGCAAAGUGAAACUGCAUUGAAUUGGGGGAUGUCCAAAAUCCAACAAACAUUUAGACUCGAUCGGAUCGUUUUUUAUAUUUUUUCCGACUAAACAGUGUAAAGGUGCUGAGUUACAGUUAUAGUUGUGUGUGUGUGUGUGUGUGUGUGUGUGUGUGUGUGUGUGUGUGUGUAGAAUUCAUUUCGUCAUGCUGGAAAUCUUAAUUUUCGCUUCUCUGCACGCGCUUACAAACAGUGUGCAGGUUGCUGAUGUGGUGCUGUCCUGCUCCUUCAUUGAGGAAGGGGGAGGAAUGACUGGAGCUCACUUCAUACGCUCCCCUGCCACUGUGGUACUAAGGGACCUUCCUAUGAGCCCUGACCUCUCAGCAGACACCAUCACCCCCUACAUCCCUCCUGACAAUCCUAGUGCUGAUGACCUUAUUUUUGAGGCCACAGCUUUAUCUGUGGAGAUACCUGAAGCAGAGUCUCUUCUCCAUGCUGAUUGUAAUGAACAAGAAGUGACUUGUGAAUUGAGUCAUUAUAUCCCUCAAGGCACAAAAGCAGAUUCUGUACCUGUUCAUUUCAUCGUCUCGGUCCAGCUUGAAGGAGGUGGUGUUGGCUUCACUCUGGUGCUACAGACGAUGACCGAUGAGAAUGCAGAAUCAAAUACUGCGUCACUAAUACAGAGCAAACUUCAGCUUCCUCUCAGCCAGUGGGGAACUCUGAUCACAGACGUCGUGUUUGUGGUGUUCUCUCGCUCACCUUCCCUUGUGGCCGCUAUAGGAGAAGACAUUGUAUUAGAUUGUGGUUAUAGGCAAAGGGACACCCCCACAGAGCAGAAUCUGGGUCUUGAGUGGCGCUGGCAGUAUAGAGGACAAGGGAAAACCAUACUGGAUAUGAAAGAGACAGAGUCAGGAACAUUCUUGUCAGUGGAUCGAGAUGGAACAAGUGCAAACUCAACCUUGCUAGUUAGAGAUGGAAAUGCAUCUCUGUCCAUGAAGAAGUUAAAGGUCUCAGAUGAAGGCACAUACAUCUGCACCAUUAACUCUGGGCCCUUUCAGACUCAGCAAAUAGUUCAGAUGAACAUCAUAGAACCUCCCAGGGUUUUUUUCCACGAAAACAAAAUAACAUUUCCAGAUGAGGCACCGAAGAGACUGAGUUGCCAUUGUGAGCGUUAUUACCCCCUAGAUGUAACGGUAGAGUGGUUUUCUAAGCUCCCUUCAGAGAAAGACAGCAUCUCCCUGACAGACAGAUCCUCUCUCUCCAGCCAUCGGCAGCACAGUGAUGGGACAUAUUCUCUCUCAUCCUUCCUCAUCAUCCGCCCACCUGAGUAUCCUCCUGGAACUGUAUUUACCUGCAGAGUCUCUCAUGUUGGCCUGCAAACUCCCAGUGAUGUGAGCCUGACGGUUUUCCAACCUGAACCUGGUCAACUCACUAGUCUAUGGGAAUAUUACUGGAUGAUUCUGGUGACACUGGUUUUGUCAGUACUGUUUUUAUAUCAAGCAUCAAGAUAGGUGUUGAAGAGCUUAAUGGGAGGCAUGAUGGCUCAGAUAGGUAGAGCCUUACAACUCCAAAACCUGGGGAUUAAUCCUGAGCUCAGGUUAUUGUUUGGGCAGUUUCAUUUUUCCUUCUGUUUGUGUGGGUUUGCUCCAGUUUCCUCCCACCAGUGUGUGAAUAUCUAUCCCCAUGAAGGAAACUUCAAAAAAUGAAAUCCCCAAAAAUGUGUUCUUUUGGUUACUGAGGUUAAUGUUAUGGUUAGAUUUUGUUGUACCUUAGUAUUAAUUAGCUGUAGAAUUCUAAGAAAUGUGUGUGUGUGUGUGUGUGUGUGUGCAUGUGUGUUUGCACCCUACAAUGUACUGUGCACCAGUGACUAUUGAUGCAGACUUGCAAAUAAUCCUGUUAUUUUUUUUAGUGAGUGUAUAUAUGGGUGCACAUGUAAAGCUGAAUGUUGAUAUGUGUGAAGUUAAAAUGUGAACAAUCAAAUCCAUCAAACACUGGACUCUCAAGGAAUCUUUUCUUGUCAACCCUCUCGUUGUUCUUCUUUCAGUUUGCAGUAACUAACCAAUAACAUACUACAUACAAUAACAUAUUUUGAGGAACUUUUAAUACUGCUGUACAUGCUUUCUUCAUAGCAAGUCAUUACUUUUCAAGUAAGAUAUGCUGCUGUUGCUGAUUUCUCACUCUUUUAAUUCCAUUAAUUCAAGCCAUCCCAGCGUGAAUACAGUAAUUUGGUUUAUGGGUAAUUUAGGUCACUCACAAAUGCUUAGUUUCUUAUCAAAAUAUUCUUCAAACGGUGUGAAAU